UCUCUCUCCUCUCUCGCACGAACUCUAAAAGUUCCAGUCUAAGUGCUCGGGUUCAAUGCCGACUAUGCUGAGUCCCAUGGCGUUAAUCGUGAUCGGCAUGCUGGCUAUGCUGAGUCCCAUGGCAUCAAUCGUGAUCGGCAUUGUUGCAGUUCUUGCCGAGGCUCACCGCCGAACCAGAAGGAUAGGAUCAAAGAUAUCCGAGCUUCUUUCAGUCUGUCGGCCACCUCCGCCCGCACCUGAACAGCCCCUCCGCGGUCUCACUUCUGCCCUUAAGGACACGCCUGAUGUGGAGGGGUUCGAUCUUCCUGUUAUGGAAGGGUUGGAUGCCCCGGUAGCAAAAAACAGGACCUCAACAGGCAUCAUCAAUCCGGAAACCAAUGGAAGGGCUCCACCCGAGGCACCACCAUCAUCUCGAUGGUUUGCUUGGAAAUCUGGCAGGAAGGCACAGGCAACGCAAAAUAUGAUUACAUCAAUUGCUGAUGGUUUGAAGAGAUUGUAUGUAGAGAAGCUGAAGCCUCUUGAAGUUGCAUAUCGUUUUGAGGAUUUUGUUUCCCCUUUGUUGACAGAUGGUGAUUUUGAUGCUAAACCCAUGGUGAUGCUCCUUGGUCAGUAUUCUACGGGCAAAACUACUUUCAUAAAGCAUUUGCUGGGGUGUGAAUACCCAGGAGCUCAUAUUGGACCGGAGCCUACAACUGAUAAAUUUGUUGCUGUCAUGUCUGGACCGGAUAAGAGAAGUAUUCCAGGGAACACAGCUGCUGUCCAUGCAGACAAGCCUUUCAAUGGCCUGAUGAAAUUUGGAGGAGCUUUUCUGUCAAAAUUUGAGUGUGCCCAGAUGCCACACCCACUGCUGGAUAAAAUUACUUUUGUGGAUACUCCUGGUGUUCUAUCUGGAGAAAAGCAAAGAACGCAACGGAGCUAUGAUUUUACUGGUGUCAUUUCAUGGUUUGCAGCCAAGUGUGAUCUGAUUCUCCUUCUGUUUGAUCCUCAUAAACUUGACAUCAGUGAUGAGUUCAAGCGUGUUAUCACAUCUCUACGUGGUCAUGAUAACAAGAUACGUGUUGUUCUUAAUAAAGCAGAUCAAGUCGAUUCGCAACAACUGAUGAGAGUUUAUGGAGCACUGAUGUGGUCGCGAAAAGUUUUGAACACUCCUGAAGUCGUACGUGUUUAUAUAGGGUCCUUCAAUGACAAGCCUGUCAAUGAAGACAUUGUGGGUCCUAUAGGGCGCGAUCUCUUCAAAAAAGAACAGAAUGACCUUAUUGCAGACGUCAGGGACAUUCCUAAGAAAGCUUGUGACCGUCAAAUCAGUGAAUAUGUGAAGCGUGCUUGUGCUGCUAAGGUUCAUGCUUAUAUUAUUGGUCAUCUUAAGAACGAGAUGCCUCUCAUAAUGGGAAAGGCGAUGGCUCAACAACGAUUAAUCGAUGAUCUUGAAGUUGAAUUUCUUAAGGUUAAAAAGAUGUACCAUUUACCGGCAUGUGAUAUUCCCAACGUCCAUCAAUUCAAGGAGGUCUUGAGGGGUCACAACAUCGGUAAUUUUGAAAGGCUGAAGCCCAAGAUGAUACAAGCCGUCGAUGAGAUGCUUCUCCAUGAGAUCCCUGAGCUCCUGAAGAAUACCAAAUAUCCUUAUGAGUGAAUCUUCCAUGGAUUGUGCCUGCUUUGUUGAGGCGACGUUUUCUUGCUUCGUGGUAUGUUACAAGAAAAACCUAGCGCAUAACAUGUUUGGCCUCUGAUGCUCCACCACAUCCUCAGAUGGGGCUAUCAGGUUUAUUAUAGAUGCAUAUCAAAGUUCAGUUUAAAAGAACGUAUUGGUUUCUCAGAGAUCUUUGAACAUAAAUCUCACCACCGAUUAGAUUUUUGGUAUUUAUGUUUGUCCAAUUAUGUAUGAUAGUGCGAUAGAAGUUGCCUUUGCUUGUCUUGGAUGGUCGACAAGAACAUGUGUC